AUGUCCGUACCUUCAAUUCAAAUAUCUUCAAUAAGUAAAAAAUCAAUAAUUCCAUUACCAGAAGAUUGUACUUAUGAAAUUAUACAACAACUUCCAGAAGAUACAUCAAUACUUCAUAAAUUUUUAUUCGUCAAUAGAUUUUGGUGUAAAUGUAUAAUUUCUAUAUUAUGGAAAAUUCCUUUUAAUAAAAUAAAUGAAAAUAAAAUAAAACAAACACGAUUAAUUCAUACUUAUCUUGGAUGUCUUGAUGAAGAAGAAAAGAAUUAUAUAGAAAAAGAUAAUCUUUUUAAUCUUCCUCUUAUUAAAAAACCUUUUUUUAAUUAUGCAAGAUAUUUAGUAAGAUUUACUAUAAGUGAAUUGGAUUCAUCAGUUAGAGCUUGGUAUGAUAAUUAUAUGGAAUUAAAAUAUGAACGUAUUAUUAAAUGUAUAAUGAAUUCUAUAUAUCAUUUAUUCAUUAGAUCUAAUAAUAAUCAUUUAGUAUCAUUGGAAUUUAAAAAAGAUUGGAUUCAUUCUUGGAGUUGGGAAAAAGUUUUACAAGAUAAUAUUAAAUUAUCAAGUAUAAAGAAACUUAAUAUUGAAUUACAUGAAGAUUUAGAAGAAGAUGGUGAUUAUAUAUUAUCAGAUUUAAAAUUUUAUAAUAUUUUAUUAUCAAGAUGUAAUUAUCUUCAAUCCUUAAAAAUUUAUUUUAAAACUCAUAGUAAAAAUUAUUUUAAAUAUUUUUCAUCCAAUCAAAUAAUUAAAAUGAUUCAAGUACAAAAAAAUCUUCAAAUUUUAAAUAUUUCAAAUUUUUAUCAAUAUGGAUUAGAAUUAACAAAAAUUAUUUCAUCAUUAAGUUCUCAAAUAAAUUCUUUAAAAGAAUUACAAUUUAUUGAAGUUAAUUUUACAAAUUGUUCUUUAAUUGGAUUAAAGAUUUGUUUAAAUUUGGAUUCAUUAUCUUUUACUUCAUGUAAUGGAUUAACAAUUGAUCAUAUUAAUUCUUUAUCUAAUUCAUCUUUUAAAUUAAAAUCUUUAUAUUUUUAUGAUCAAACAACUAUUUAUCAAAAUAUAAUUACAAAAAUUUUAUCUUUAUUUGGUAAUUCUUUAACAAAAUUUGGAACUUCUUUAUUAACUGAUUUUGUUAUUGAAACUACUUCAAUUAGAUGUUCAAAUAUUAAAUAUCUUUCUAUAAUUAUUGAAAAUGAUGAUCUUCUUCAUCAUAAAAUUUUUCAUUGGAUUUAUAAUUUGGAAUUAUUAGAAUUAGAUAUUACUAUUUAUAUUCGAGAUACUUAUGAAUUUUUUAAAUUAUUAGGUAAAAAUUUACCAAUUACUUUAAAAAUAUUAAAAUUAAGUUGUCAUUAUAUUUCUCAUAAUUCUUUAAGAAAUCUUUUUAGUUCAAGAGUAAAUUUAGAAAGAUUAAUAUUUAGAAAUUCUUAUGAAUUUACUUAUGAUUGUUUAAUGGUUAUUUAUGAAUAUAUUAGAUAUUAUGAAAAUUUUAAAGAAUUAACUUUUAAAACUUAUAAAAAGGAAUGGAGUUUAAGAGAUUUAAAAGUUUUAAAGGAAAUUAAAAAAUAUUGUCCUUUGGUUAAUUGUGAAUUUGGUAUUUCAACUGUUGAAGAAAUGUUAGAUGAAUGUAUCCUUGAAGAUUUCUUAUUUUAA